CGACGUUUCAAUCUUCCUGGCAUUUUGCCGGUUCUUCUUCCCUUCCUUCUGACUUAAUGACGACCUCCAUGAACCCGAAUCCAAAUGGCUCCACACAUCAACGACUAUAUUUUGGUUCUUUGUCCAGGACGGGCCUGUACUUCACACAUCAACGACGAUACGAUGGGAAGCAAAGAAAAAUCAGUUUACUUGAAAGUAUUCAUCGACAAAAAGAAGAAAAAAGUGAUGUUUGCGGAAACAGAAGAAGACUUGGUUGAAAUUCUCUUCAGUUUUUUCAUGUUGCCUCUGGGAACAAUUGCAAGACUCUCAAGCUCACAUUCAGACUUGCAGGUUGGAAGCUUGACUUGUUUGUAUGAAAGUAUUUUGAAUCUUGAUGAUAAACAUUUUACUAACAGCUAUUGUAAGGAUAUACUGGUUAAUCCAGUCAAUGCAUCAGCUUCUGUUUUCCAGAAGCUGAAAGUAAAUCUAGAUGACAGAAAUCCAUUUGGUGCCACUGUCGGUGAUAGUGAGGGUAUUGCAGUGUUGGUCAAAAACAAGUCAUCUUUCAUCGUCACUGAUGAUCUUAAUAUACUUCCUGUGUUGCCCAAUACAAGCAUCAUACUCCUUAAUUCUCUUGGUCUUGGAGACAUUGAUUUGCUGGAUGAAAGGACCAUGCGUUUGGGCAUAGCAGAGUUUUUGAAUCUUCUCAAGUGGUCAUUAGUGACAAAUAAUUCUUUGACAAAUCUAGUGUACGGGGGAACUAAAUUGUGCUCCUGUUCAUGCUUGUGCUCUUUGUGCAUCGCAAACUCAACAUUACAUAAUUCAACUUUGAUUUUAAACGACUCUUGCCAGCGUCAUACGAUCAAACUACUGGUGCAAAAAUCAAAGUUGAUUGUAUUAUGUGCAGAAGUGGAGAAUUUUUUUGUGGAAUUGCUCUUCAGCUUCCUAACCAUCCCAUUAAGUACUGUAAAACGUUUAACAAUGGAUAAUUCUUCUCCGUUGGCUAUAAAUAAUCUGUUCGGGAGUAUUACAAGAUUAGGAGAUGGAGAAUACUUGAAAUCUGAAGAUGUCAAGACCAUGUUACUUAGCCCAAAGGUUGCACCUAAUUAUCAACGUGUUACUGAACUUUUGCCGAUUUAUGACCCAAGAGUAUGCUCAGGUCAUUUCCUCAAGAAACAUGCAACAUUCAUUGUUUCUGAUGAUCUGAAAGUAACAGUUUCACCAUCUACUUCUAUAAUUUCUGUGUUGAACACAAUUGGCAUUCCUGAUGUGGAGGUUGUGGAAGUGAGCAUUGGUAAACAAGAGGCACUUGCAAUUCUCAAAGCUUCACUAACCUCGACAUCAGUUUUAACUGAUUGCCUCAUUGCAUUUACAAGGAAACAAAAGGCAGAACCGUCGUCUUAAAUCCCCAAUACAUGUGUUGCUGGUAGAUCUAGUCAUGAUAUUUCUGUUUUGUAUUGAUAUUAAUGUUAAUCCUUUACAAUGUUAAUCCUUUACACUGGUGCAUUCAACUUUGUGUACUGCCAUUUGCAAAGCUUACUUGAAUGAAAUUUAUCAGUGGAUCUUUAUC